UUACAUUUUUAAAAUUUAAUAAUUUCAUUAUGUUAAAUCGAAAUGUUUGAAUUAUUUUAACUAAUUUAUAUUUAUUCUUGUUUCAGGUGCAUGGGGGGCGAUGGGAACUGGCACUGGGAUUGAGGGGGGGCUACGGAGGCGAAUGCCGCUUAGCAGACGAACUGGCGGAGGUGGAGCGGCAGCUGGUGCCUCGGUGGUCGGCGCUAGGGCGAUGCGCUACUACCGCCUAUGGAUUUACACCUGCAAUACGGCCCUACUGGCGGGAGCGCUGGCAUUCGGCGGAGCGGCCGUCAGGACGGUCGUCUUCGACUUUCGUCGCUCGCUCAUACCGUCGCUCACGCUUUAUCAACCGUCGUUCCUGUACGCCUACUUGGCGCUGUUGACGCAGGGCGGCGCCAUCCAGUUGCUGGGAUGCCUCGCGGCGUUAAGACUGUCCGAGAAACUGUUGAACGCUUACUGGUUGUUGUUGUUAGUACUGUUGUUCGGUGACGUUGCGAUCGGUGCCUUCUGGGCGUUUCGGUUCGAACGGGUGUGCCAGGAACUGAGGCCGGCGCUGCGCGUCAAGUUUUACCAGGAGUACGGGACCAACGAGGAUUUUACCGAUGUUUGGAACAGGCUCCAAUCGGAGCACCCGUGCUGCGGCGUGACCGGACCCGAAGACUACAACAGCAGCGCGCUGCAGAUGCAGCUGCCGGUCAGCUGCUGCCUCAAACCGCCAAGGACGGUGAACAGUACCUGCGAGGCGGAGCAACUCCAUCAUACGAACGGUUGCGACGAAAGACUGCUAGCGUAUCUUAGAUCGACCGCCUCCCUGCUCGCCAUACUUGGUUACUGCGUUCUAGCCUUCCUCAAAAUGUGCUUCCUGGGUAUUCUGCGUUACGAAAUCCGAGAAAUGAUCCAGAAGAUUCGAAUACUUCGAACAGAGUUGGAGCUGCCCAACGUGAACGGCGUGGUUCCGGGUACGCUCCGGGCGGAAAGUGCCGAAAGCGAACGGGAAUCGCUUCUAGUGAGGCCGGAAAGUGCGGCGCUACUCUCGUCGCCGCCGUCGCAAACGAAAAAUCCCAACGGGAACAAUAAUUAUGAAAUGAGGGAGUACAGGGGUCGCGAAAAUAUAUGACUAAAGAUACGCCUAGAGGGUCUGUUCAGCCGCGGCAGGUGGGGCCGCGUAAAGAAAGGUCCUCUGGCCACGCCACUGGAGGAUAUAUUCAAGCGCAAUCCGAGGUCAAGGGUCAAGGAUGAUCCCUGUUGAAAUUUCAAAGAAUUUACCAUCGACCAGGGUGUAAAGUGGACCAUGCAAAGUCGCGGAGAAGAAUAACAAUCGACACCUUUUUUUGUAAGGUGCUAGGGACUGUAAUUUAUGACAAAUUAGGGAAAGAGAAAGAAAAUGAGUGAAGUAAAGUGGAGUAAUUUGAGACUAGAAUUUUUGGAGAAAAAGAAAAUGUAUAAUGGAAGAUAGUGCGGUAAAAAUGAAGUUUAUACAAGGCGAUUCUUUGAGAAAUGAUCAUACGUUAGGGGUGGAUAGGGGACAAGCUAUAUUUAAUAGUAAAACAAUUUUAUUUAAAAAGAUAUAAUAUACAAAUUUUUGGUAGUAAGCAUACAUAUUUCACUUUAUGUUCACUUUUUUCUAUUCUAAUAUACAAUAAUUCUCUUUUAUUAUGAAAAUAUUAGAGUUAUAUAAAAAUAUUACCAUUUUUAACACUUUGUAUAUUAUAAAUAGCAAGUCUUCAAAACCUGCUUUAAACCUAACCGAGUUAAAAAAAUAUUCUGCGCGAUUUUUGCAUGGUCCGUUACGAACACACGAAAAAUAAAAACCAGAGCAGCAUUCGCUCAAUCGCCAAAAAUUGUACAGUGUAAAUAUAAAUUAAUUAAAAAAAAUGCAUAUUUAAAAUUAUAAAACAUUGAGUGAUAGUAUUAAAAAUAGUAUUUAAAACAAUAAAUAUUAAUAAAACGUAGGAUAGUUAAAUAAGCCAUUGGCGUAUCAAAAAAAAAUCGUGAAUGCUGCUCUAACAAAAAAAAAAUAUUUAAAAAAUAGUCCUGUACCUACAUCGUGAACCACCGAAUAUUUUCGUACUAUACUAAGUUUUUAAAAAAAAUGUAACGAUUGAAAUUAUUUUUCACAAAUUAAAUAAUAGCUAGUUCACCCUGUAGGGCGGUACUGGGGCUGUUUCAACUUAAAGUAAAAUUUAUAAAUAAAGCAACUAGAGAACUGCUUAAGAUUAUUUUGCAAGGGCGCCACCGAUGCCUUUUCCAUUCCAUAUACACUGCCCACCACUUGGAGGGGAUUAUAACUAAACAUGUCUGCUUUAAGUGCUGGUCGGUAAACUCUUCCUAGAAACUUCCUAAGACUGUCAGUGAAGAAAUAUCAAAUUAUCAACAAAAAACCUAAUCCAAAAGAGACGCUUUAAAUCAUAAGUGUGUCGGUAUGAGCUUAACUUUAUCAGAAUUACAUAGUGCCUCGCCUUAAAGAGUAUAAAGUGCAUUUGGUAAAGAGAGACUUUAAAAAAAUAAUAGAUUUUGUUUUUUUUUUUAAUUUAACGCUAAUAGUUUUUUAUCCAUCGUUAUUUUUAAAUACUCGCAUGGCCUUUUUUACCCCUUGUAUAGCGUUUAGUUAAAAAAUGUGAUUGGUGUAGUCAAAAACUGGACAACAUAGAUAAUUUAACUAACCAGAAUUCAUCAUGUUUUGAGAAGUGUAAAUUAAACAUUUUUACCUUUUUGAAAUGCAAAAUAGAAACUCCUGUUCAGUUACUGUUAUACUAUAUAGAAUACAGGGUGAGAAUUUAGAAACUUCCCAAUAGUAAUACUCCCUAAUAAAGAGGGAAUUACAAAAAUUGUUUAAAUCAGGUAGAUUUUUUAUUCCAAGUGGACACCUUUCAAUCAUUUUCCUACGUAUCAUACGUCAUACGACUAGACGCAGAUUCUAGUCAUAGUCAAGUAUUUGUUUGCUGCAGUGUUGUCAGAAUAACUUAAGAGCUCCCUGGCAAUUCUGCAGUUUCUUGUUUCAUCCUAUACAAUUAUUUAAAUAGGGAAAAGUACUUUUAAAUUAAGCGCCCUCUAGCGGUAUAAAAACUAUUACAUAUUGUAAAGUGUAACACUUCUUUUGAAAGCUUAUCUUAUUGGUAAUUUAAUCCACAACAUAACAACCCAUUAUUUAAUGAAACAUAACUUAAAUAAGACUAAGAAUGUUGCUAUUAAGGUUAGGAUUAAAUCAAUUUAUCUCUAACCGAAAUCAACCAACAUAGCAAAUUUAUGCUACGCAUUAAAUCACUAAUGGAAUUAGCUUUCAAAUGAAGUGUUACAUUUUACAAUACGUAACAGUUUUUUAUCCCGAUAGAGGGCGCUAAAAUCAAAAUUACCUUUUUAAUGAUGUGUUAUACUUUGUACUAAUACUUUCCCGAUUUAAAUUGUAAUCGUUAGUGUGACGAAGGAGAGGGGAAUGACGUAUAACAUUUUUGAUAUAUGAUAGACCCGUGCCCUCCAUGGAAUAAAAUUACCUGCUUAAAGCAAUUUUUGAUAGGUACUCUUUUUUAUUAGUUUAGAAAGUUUUUAAAUUGACAACUAGUAGAUGAAGUAUGGAACAAUCAAAAAUUCUUUAAUAAUAUUAUGUUGAUUUAGAAAAUUUUCGGGUAAAUGGAAUUUCAUUUUAGAUUGCGCGUUUUUUACCGUAUUAUUCAUAUUUAUGAUUUCAUCGGUUUUUAGGAUAUGAUAUCCAGAAAUUACUAUCUUAUAUGUUCCAAUUUACAGAUAGGUAAAAUGAUAAUUUUGAACAGGAGCAUCAAACGAAACA